CUUACGUAUUAUAUAUUUACGUAUUUGAUAUUAUAUAUUUAUGAUAUUUAUUUAUUCCCAUAAUAUUUAUUUAUUUAUUAUUUGGCCAAAUAAGGCCAGCUAUGUAUGGGUGAUCUACCAUUUGAGGGAUCAUAUACGCCCGCAAUUAUUUACACAUCGUUAUAAGAUUACAAUUUACAUAUCCUGUUGAUUACUUUUAAUAAAUCGUAAGAGGACCCUCUUGAGAAACUACGACGCGUCUAAAACCACUACCUAAAAGUGAUUAAAAACUACUAUUAGAUUAGGCACUUUUAAUUUAAUUGAAUGGUAAAUUAUAAAGUAAGUAAUCGAAUUACCUACGCAUCUUAUGCAUUAUAAAUACAAAAGUCACACCUUUCAAUAGUAAGGAAAUGAUAUCAUCUGUUCUUGUAUUCGUAAUUUUAGCAGCUGCAUCCGCAAGAAACAACAAAGAUGUAAGCUUUGAAAAUUGGAGGGGUUACAAGCCUGGUGACAGGAUCUUCUAUUUUCCCGGGGAAGAUGGUAAAAUACACAAAAUCGAUUCCUGGGCACCAAUCGAUAGAGAUUUUAUAUCGGUUACACCCGCAUCUGUACGGAAUAACAAACAUGUAAGGUUUAGAAAUUGGAAGGGUUAUAAGAAUGGUGACAGGAUCUUCUAUUUUCCCGGGGACAAUGGUAAAAUAUACAAAAUCGAUUCUUGGGAACCAAUCGAUAGAGAUGCAAUACGCAACUACACUUGCUGGCCUGUCAAUAACGGAUAUUGGUUGUACACAAGGUCGAAUGCAAAAGAAAAACAGAUUCUGAUAAUGGGGAAUAAAUCCAGUGUACGAAAUUCAAAUUUCGACCCCAACAAACCUACCGUUUUCACAUCUCACGGAUGGUUAGGUGACGGUAACACCGAAAUGAAUCAACUUCUUACUAAAGUUUUCCUUAAAGACGCUGACGUUAACGUCAUAGUCCUUGAUUGGAGUGGGCUGUCCAAGAUGGGAUAUGUGACAGCAAAGGAGUCAGUUCCGAAGGUGGGCCGAAUGUACGGGCAGUUCAUUUACUGGCUACAUAAAAACUUUCACAUGGCCUUGCAGAAUAUCCACCUAGUGGGCCACAGUCUGGGUGGCCACUUAGUUGGCAGCGCAGGGAGAGAGCUUCAAGGGGCUGCGCAGAGAAUAACAGCCCUCGACCCAGCUGGCCCUCUAUGGUGUUAUGAUAAGCGCCGUCUAUCCAGAACAGAUGCACACUACGUCGAGGUCAUCCACACGAACGCCUACAUGGCCGGCUACCCCAAACCUUGCGGCCACUCCGACCACUACCCCAACGGAGGCUCGUUUAUGACCGGCUGUCAUGUUUUGGACUUGAUUUGUCAUCAUUCCAGAUCCUGGAAAUAUAUGGCUGCCAGUGUUGAGCACAAUGAGUUUCUGGCUAAUAAAUGUUCAAGUGUAUGGGAAGCGUUUAAUGAUCGGUGUUCAGGGGCUGGAGGGCUGAUGGGCAACAGCUUUAUCGCAAAGAAACAAGCAGCUUUCGUGAAAAUGAAGUGGUUUGUCCUGAUAUCCGUCGCUAUAGCAGUUACGUCUGCGAGCGUCAUCAAAGACCCAACCGAGGGUUACCAGGAUGGGGACAGAUACUUCCUGUUUCCGGGUGACGGAGACAACAUACUCCAUCUGGUAGACACACUCGAACCAGUCGACGAAGAAUUCAUCCGGGACUACGCAAGAAACCCGGAUAACAAUGGCUACUGGCUGUUUACACGGGCAAAUCCUCACACGGCUCAAUUUCUGCUGGAUGGUGACGUGAACAGCGUCAUCCAGUCCAACUUUGAUUUGAGAAAAAAUACCGUCUUCCUAGCUCAUGGAUGGAAUGGUCAUGGUGGAAAUAAUAUGAACAAACAUCUGACUGAAGCUUUCCUUCAAACGGCUGACGUGAACGUCAUCGUCCUGGACUGGAACCGCCUCGCCAACCGCAACUACAUCACGGCCAAGAAUGGAGUCGCCGCAGUCGGCCGCGGGCUCGGCCAGUUCAUCCGCUGGCUUAACCAAGGCUUUGGGCUUUCGCUGGAAAAAUUGCACUUGGUUGGGUUCAGCCUUGGAGGACAUUUAAUGGGCAACGCGGGCCGAGAGCUGCAGGGCCAAGUUAGAAGGAUCACAGCUCUGGAUCCGGCCGGUCCCCUAUGGGGAAGCGACAGCAACCGCAUUGCCCCAACUGACGCCCGCUACGUCGAGGUCAUUCACACCAACACCGCCAUGUAUGGCUACUCCAGCCCAUGCGGCCACUCCGACCACUACCCGAACGGCGGCUCAAGUAUGCCUGGCUGCUGGAUUAACAGCUGCUCACACUCGAGAGCCUGGGAAUACAUGGUUGCUACGGUCAAGUAUGACCAUCUCUUAGGCAACGAAUGCGAGACCCAGAGAGAUGCUAGCAGGGGCAGAUGCUCUGGCCCUCCUCAAUCAAUGGGCAACGGGGAUAUCAAUAAAGAACAGCUCGGCAUCUUCAGAGCAGACACCGGAAGAAAUUACCCGUACUAAAUAAUGUGAAUAACAAACUAUUUUGUAAAUUAGUAUUAAGCGAUCCAGAUAACUUUUA